AUUAUACUAGUCAUAUAUAAGAUUGUUAAUUCAAACUUGAUUUUCAUCAGUCAUGCAUAUCGAGGAUGUUGAUGCUCUACGAGAGUGGCUUACAAGCUAUCUUGCGCCCCUGUGUGAUGCUGAUCCACCUGCAUUAGCUCGCUACUGCAUAGCUCUUAUAAGGAAAGACAAACCAACCCCGGAGCUGGUGGAAGACAUGCUGCAGCAGCUUGAUGUAUUUCUUCAAGAUAAUACUGCAAGUUUUGUUGAAAAAUUCCUGAUAGUGGUUGAGAAGAAAUCAUAUAUGCCAAAGAAGAAUGCAUCAGCAGCAGCAAAGCCAAACAAUGCAAUGGAUUCUUCUUUGGACUCAGCAGCAAAGCCUGAAGUCAAGUCCCUCCAACCAAGAACUCUGCUACCUCUUUCUGUGCCACCUUUACCUCCUAAAAUUACUGCUGAAGAUGAAACUCUGCCUGUGCUUAGAAAUGGCAGUAAUGGCACUGUGGAGGCCCCAGUGAAGAGUGGCAUAACAAGUGUAGUUGCUGUUGAAAUGCCAACCGGUGCAGCAAGCGAUGCUGGUGUUGUUGUUCCUCCUCUGCUCUCAAAGAAAGAUGAUGUGAAGACCAGGAAGGAUGAUCGGGAAGGUGGCAGCUGGCGAGGUCGAUCCAGGGACCGACGUCGCAGCCGCAGCCGCGGUCGCGGUGGCCCCUCGUCUCGAGUGGCGAAACAUGACGAGCGACCACGCAGGAGAUUCCGACGUUCAUGGUCUCGAAGCCCUUCUCCAAGUCCUCGCUCUCGAAGUCCGCGUCACACUCGCUACAGCAGGACUUCUCCCUCUCGUGGUCCUCGUAAUCGGUCUCCAAUGCGACGUUCCCGCUCACCACGUCGUUCCACGUCUCCUAAGCUCAGAUCCCGUUCUCCCAAAACUGCAAGAUCACGGUCUCCAAAACAACAUUCACACUCGCCGCUGCUACAACUUCAUUCACCAACACUUCGGUCCCGUUCUCGAUCUCCUUUAGGGCUUCUACAGCCUCGGUCUCCUCUUGCUUCGUGUCGACGCUCCCCACUAGGUGGUCGUCGGUCACGAUCCCCUCUUUCCCGUAGACGUUCACGAUCCCCACUUAAAGGGAGCAACGGUGGUCUGCUGGCUUUGCCAGACAGUCCCAUUGGGGGCCAGUCACCUGUACUUGCUGACACUGCUGACCAAGAGGAGUUGUCACCAGAUGCUGACAUGCCCCACACGAAGCUGUCAUCUGGCCGCCGAAAGAAGCACAGAUGCAAGGACUACGAUGAGAAAGGCUACUGCAUGAGAGGUGAUCAGUGUCCGUACGACCACGGCGCCGACCCCGUAGUGCUGGACUUCCCUCCGUCCACCCCAUACACGGCUGCUGCCUCCCUACCUCCUGACGCUGCAGCUCCUCUCAGCCAAGCUGGUGGGCUUGGGGCCAACUUAGGAGUACCCCCACCUCCCCAUCUGGCUGGUCGCCUCACUCGUCCUCUUCCUGCUCCCUCUUCAGACCCGCUCAAUGAGUAUACACCGAGUGACCCGAUCCUAUGGGGUAACGCUCCGUCGAGUGGGUCUCUUAAUACCUCCCUCCCUCCUCCUCACUUCUAUGGCAAACCUCCACGAGGUGGCAUGAUGAUGAUGGGACCUCCACCUCCAUUAGGACCCUCCAACUUCCUCCCUAUUCAUCAUCCCCCCCCGUCCCUCCCUAUCCAUAUGCCUCCACCUCCCUUCGUGGGGCAUCCGCUGGGGGCUCGAGAACUGAUCAAUGUUACCACAGCAAACGGCGGACUCUUGAACAAGGGUACCAUGCGGACGUCUCUGGCCCAGCGCCUUGGUCCCCCAAGUGGGCGUGGGCCCAACAAGUGGGAUAACUGCUCCAUUGAGCUGCGCAAAGUGCCGCGCUUUAUGAACUCCAUCACCCACCUUAACUCGCACUUUCAGAAGUUCGGCAAAAUCGUUAACAUGCAGAUACAAUUUGAAGGCGACCCUGAAGCUGCUGUCAUCACGUUUUCCAAGCAUUCUGAAGCCAACGCGGCGUAUCGCUGCACCGAAGCUGUGCUUAACAAUCGCUUCAUUAAAGUAUUGUGGCACGGAGGACAGGGCGGCCGAGUGACCAAUCCAAGCGCGCCUAUCACGGGUGAGAGAGGUACUGCUGUACGGCACUGCAAUAAAUCCAAGAAUAAUGUUCGUUCUGCUGUCAAUGUCGAGACUGAAGGAGGUAUGAUAGGCCCGGCGUUAGGCAGCACUGCCGAGACGGAGAGUGCGACUGCCUUGCCCGACUCGUCAACAGCCACUGAAGGCAGCGCCUUAGCUAAACCCGCGCCUCCCAAGCUCACGGCACAAGAGAUCAAACAACAGCAAAUAGAAUUGAUCAUGCAGCAGCAGCAACAACUCGCGGAAGAAGUAGCUCGCAGGCAGCAGGAGGAGAAGAGGAAGGCUGACGCUGCUAAGCUUAAGGAUGAAGUACGAGAGCGCACGCAGCAGCUACUAGACAAACAACUGCAGCAAUUGAAGCUGCUACUAAGUAAGAUGGAGAGUAGCCGCACAACGGCAACAAAAGCUGAGCGACUGGAGAUGCUCAACGCAAUUAAGACUCUGCAGUCAAGCAUUGAGACAACAAAACAGAAUCUCAAAGCUUCGUUCCCUUCAAACAAGAUCCACGCUUUUAAUUUGAAAUCCAGACCUGCUACCGUCUUGCCUCAGCCAACUGCUCCUACAGCAACUACUGAAACACCUGUCGGUUCAAAGGUUGCUCCUGCUGUGCCAGGCGCAAACGAUGCUGCGCAGGUCGUUGCUAAGGGCUCCACUGAACUCACGAAGAAGAUCCUGGACACCGAGAUGGACGUGUACGCUGUAGCAGGAACAGAAGCAAAGAACGGCAAGGCCGGUGACGCGGUAGUAAAGGCAAUCAGCAGCGCUGAGGAGCUGAAGCAGCUUAAGACUAAACUGGCGCAGCUCAAAGCAAACGCCAGGCAACUCACUUCAAUGAGAGGGCGCGGCCACUCGGUUGCUAUGCGGGGGACCCGCGGUGUUGCUGUCCAAGGUCGUGGCCGCAAAGCGCUUCCUUCAGCGGCUGCUGCCGCUGCUGCUUACCUCCCGCCCACUGAAAAGACCUCGUGCAAGCUCCACGCUAGUGGCUUUGAGCCUGAAGACAAAGACGCAGUUCUUACGCACUUUGCUAGCCUGGGAAAUGUGAUCAGUUUUCUGUGGGAUGGUUUGACGCCGUCAGUGACGGUGGAGUACUCGACUAGACGUCACGCUGAGAAAGCCUUCAGUGAAGGCCGCAUGAUGGGUGACCGUCUUAUGACGCUCACGUGGGUUAGCGAGCACAAGGCGUCCGCGCUGCCACCCGUGCCUUCCACUCAGCAGUACCAGGACAGACAAUUCGACCCUGCGUCCAUGCGACUGCAAGAAGAAGAUGAUGAUGACGAUGACAACAUUUUCGAACACAAGACAGCGGUACCCGAGGUCAAGCCACGUGCUCCACGACCAGUUUUGGUUGAUGGCUCGAAAGAUGUUACUCGCACAACAAGCAAGAUGGAAAAACAGGAGCCGCAGGAUGCCGAAGUCUCAAUCGUGGAUCCUCGAGCAUUGAAGGAGGAAGUGGAGAUAGAGAAGAAGUCGAAACCAGUUAAGCACAGACUGUUGAGCGAGUCCUCGCUUGUAUUGCACGACGAGCUGCUCCUGGAAGGCGACGAAGAAGUCAUCGACUGUGACGAUGAGGAUGACGAGCGCGAAGACAGCUCCUGGAAGCGCUGAGCCACGUCGCCUGUGAUCGCCGAGGCACUAAAACUGCCCUAGUGCUAGGAUACACGUUUAUUCUGUUUGGUUAUUAUUUUAAAGUUUAUUUUUGGUCUAUAAGUUCUUGAUAUCAUCAACUCCACCUAUCGCUGAUUGCACCUCCUUUGGUAGAUGUUUAAUUUGUAGUGACGAUUUUUCAAGAUUUCAGUUUUUAUUCUAGCAUCAACUUUUGAAGUUUUGAGUCGGCCUCAAGUACAAAAAAAUGGUCGCGAUUUAAAAUUUUUGUACAUACGAGAAUCCCUAAUUCUUUUUCGUAUCCAUUGAUGUAGCAAGUUUAGGUUCUAGGCCUGAAAAGAUAAUUUUUCUAAUUUUUUCAUGAUUCUGCUGUGUACAGUUUUCUCAAGAAUGGAAGACCGACAUGUCCGAUCGGUCCACCGAGCGAUUUGUGUGUAAAUUACUCCUUCCUAUUGUAUAUUCACUAAAAGCUGAAUUCUCGCUAACAUUAUACGUCAAUAUUUACGAUUCGUCGUAAUGUUUUUUUUUUAGAAGGCUUGUGUUACACGUUCCUACAGUUGAAUAUAUCAGUUACUAGGGAACGCUAUUUGGUUUGCUUCGAAUUUCAUUCAUUAGUGUUUUUGUCUAUAGACAUCCGAUUUAAGAAAAUUGAUUUUUCUUGAAUUUCUAGAUUUUUCUAGCGUAUCAACAGUCUGGUGUGAAAGAUUUGAUUGUAAGGAAGUUUAGUUGUAGGUUCAUCUGAAUUGAAUAAGUAUAAUUGGACUAUUAAAUAAGAAGGAAGUGGAUGAUCAUCAAAGUUUGUGUUGCUGUCGAACACAACGCAAGUUCAUUAUUUCCCGUUCUCUUAUAUGUUCUGUCAGUCAUCUUAGAUUGUUAACCUGAAUUAAUGAUAAGUCUCGAAUUUAUCCUAGUGUUUAAGAGUAGAAAUCGACAAUUUGUUCAAGAAAUAUUUAAAUGGGAUCAAUACUUUUGUCUAAUGCUGCUAUUUGCAUAUAAUGCCAUGCUUCAACUUAUACAUCUUUCAAUAGUUUCAGAAACACAUCAUUGCACAGAAUAAUGUAUUCUCGUUUCUGUGUGUGUGAGCCCACUGGAAUAGUUGAAUACGACGAAGUAAUGAUGGUUGCAGAUUAGUUCCAUAGAUCUUAGCUGGGAAGAUUCAUAUAAAUCUUCCCACUGGCUUUGUUAAAAUGUUUUUCGAAAAAAUAAGAGGACAUAAAAAAAAUUGCCUCUGAAAAAAUGUGGUUUGAUGAAAGGAAAUAUGGAGGAUAAAAAAAUGCAAAUGAAAAGAAUAUACAAACCACUAAAAAAAAAAAGAAAGAUAGAGAGUUGGUUGAAGUACGCAAGUU